CUACGUGUUAGACACAGACUACUAUAUAAGUGAUUUGCCAAUCAAUUAUUUCACCUCGGCUCAUCUUCAUCAACCAUUAUCCGGAAAAACUCUCAUCUUAUUAUUCAAUUACUCCUAGUUGCUUCUGUUCAAAAAUAUAUUUCGCAGCUCAAUUACUGCUGUUGAAAACAUGGCUGAUCACGAAGAACAGUCAGAUGGAGAUGUAUUAAAAGAGCCGGCCAUGGCAUCAACAAAGGCAGCAGAUUCCGAAAACAACAAGCAGGAUACUGCAGGCAAGAGCAAGGAGGGUGCAACCAACACAGUACCAUAUUACAAGCUCUUCUCAUUUGCUGAUUCCCUGGAUUACAUGUUAAUGUCUGUUGGUACAAUCAGUGCUAUCGGAAAUGGACUAUGUAUGCCUCUAAUGACCGUGAUCAUGGGGGAGGUGAUCAACUCUUUUGGAGAAACUACGAGUAUCAAUAAAGUGGUUGGUAUAGUUUCCAAGGUGGCUCUCAAGUACGUUUACUUGGCUCUGGGGGCUGCUGCUGCUGCAUUUUUACAAAUGUCUUGCUGGAUGAUCACUGGAGAGAGACAGGCAGCAAGAAUAAGAAGUUUAUACUUGAGAACAAUACUAAGGCAAGACGUUGGCUUUUUUGAUACAGAGGCUAACACUGGGGAAAUUGUUGACAGGAUGUCGGGGGAUACUGUGCUCAUUCAGGAAGCAAUGGGGGAGAAAGUAGGAAGCUUUAUCCAGUUAGUUGCUACAUUCAUAGGAGGCUUUGUUAUAGCCUUUGCCAAGGGAUGGCGUCUCACCCUUGUCAUGCUAACCUCUAUUCCCCCUCUUAUCUUAUCCGGUGCUGUCACGAGCCUCACUAUAAGGAAGUUGGCGUCCCGUGGACAAGAGGCAUAUUCAGUUGGAGCAACUGUUGUAGAGCAGACCAUUGGUUCUAUCAGAACUGUUGCAUCAUUUACGGGGGAGAAGCAAGCUAUAACCAAGUACAACAACUCCUUAACUAAAGCUUACAAGUCUGGUGUGCAAGAGGGUUUGGCAUCAGGGUUGGGUCUUGGUAUGGUUGUGCUUGUUGUAUUCUGCAGUUACGCUUUGGCAGUAUGGUAUGGCGGAAAAACGAUACUUGAACAGGGAUAUAAAGCAGGAGAUGUCAUGAAUGUGAUUUUUGCUUUAUUGACCGGCUCUUUCUCUCUUGGGCAGGCAUCUCCAUGCGUGAGUGCAUUUCAUGCUGGACAAGCUGCAUCAUUUAAGAUGUUUGAGACAAUUAACAGAAAGCCAGAUAUAGAUGCUUAUGACACUAAUGGGAUGGAAUCAGAAGACAUUCGUGGAGACAUAGAACUUAGGGAUGUUUCUUUUAGUUAUCCUGCAAGACCGGAUGAAAAAAUAUUCCAUGGAUUCUCACUCUCAAUAUCUAGUGGUGCAACUGCUGCUUUGGUUGGACAGAGUGGAAGUGGUAAAUCGACCGUAAUUAGUUUGAUUGAGAGAUUUUAUGAUCCACAGGCUGGUGAAGUUCUUAUUGACGGUAUUAAUCUCAAAGAGUUCCAGCUGAAUUGGAUCAGACAGAAAAUAGGGCUUGUCAGCCAGGAACCUGUUUUGUUUACUUGCAGCAUUAGAGAUAAUAUUGGCUAUGGGAAGGAUGGUGCAACUACUGAAGAAAUAAGGGCUGCUGCUGAGCUUGCCAAUGCUGCUAAUUUCAUAGACAAACUACCUCAGGGACUAGAUACAAUGGUUGGUGAGUAUGGAACUCAGCUAUCUGGGGGCCAAAAGCAGAGAGUUGCUAUAGCCAGAGCAAUUUUAAAGAACCCAAAAAUUCUUCUUUUAGAUGAAGCAACAAGUGCUCUUGAUGCAGAAUCUGAGAGAGUUGUGCAAGAGGCAUUGGACAGAAUUACGGUUAGUCGGACUACUGUCAUUGUAGCGCACCGCUUGAGCACAGUAAGGAAUGCUGAUACCAUUGCAGUGAUACAUCGCGGAACAAUUGUUGAGCAAGGACCACAUACUGAGCUAGUUAAGGAUCCUGAUGGUGCAUAUAGCCAGCUUAUGAGGUUGCAAGAAAUUAGCAGUGUGUCAGAACAAAAUGCUCAAAAUGAUCAUGAAAGGCCAGAACUUUCUUCAAGUUUUCAAAAACUUCCUUCCUUUCGCUCCAUAAGUCGGGGAUCAUCUGGAAGAGGAAUCAGUAGUCGACGCAGCUACUCAUUCUCAAUCUCACAUGGUGCACCCACCAUAACCGGUGUCCUUGAAAUACAACCUGAUAUUCCGGCUUCAGCAUCAUCAGAAGUGCAUCCACAAGUCUCACUUAGACGCCUGGCUUACCUGAAUAAGCCAGAAAUCCCAGUGCUAUUCCUAGGUACUAUAGCUGCAAUAGUCAAUGGGAUAACCUUGCCCAUUUUCGGGGUGUUGAUAUCCAAUAUAAUCAAGACCUUCUUUGAGCCACCUCAUCAACUCCGAAAGGAUUCCAAGUUUUGGGCAUUAAUAUUUAUUGUUCUUGGAGUGGUGUCUCUCUUGGCACAUCCAAUGAGAGCAUACUUUUUUGCUGUAGCUGGGUGCAAGUUAAUAAGACGAGUCCGUUCACUAUGCUUUGAGAAGGUGGUUUACAUGGAAGUAAGUUGGUUUGAUGAAGCUGAUCACUCGAGUGGUGCAAUUGGAGCAAGGCUUUCGACAAAUGCAGCUUCCCUACGGGGGAUUGUUGGAGAUGCUCUAGGUUUAGCUGUCAUGAAUACAUCAACAACAAUUGCCGGGUUGGUUAUUGCUUUUGUGGCAAAUUGGCAACUUGCUCUUAUAAUACUUGUUAUGCUGCCUCUACUAGGAAUAAGUGGAUAUUUUCAAGUCGAGUUCAUGAAAGGAUUAAGUGCAAAUGCAAAGAUAAUGUAUGAAGAUGCAAGCCAAGUAGCCACGGAUGCUGUGGGGAGUAUUAGAACAAUUGCUUCCUUUUGUGCUGAAGAAAAGGUGAUCAAGUUGUACCAGACAAAAUGUGAAGGCCCUAUCAGGAGUGGGAUAAGACAAGGGAUAGUUAGUGGCAUAGGUUUUGGGCUAUCAUUUUUCUUGCUUUAUUCUGUAUAUGCAUGCAGUUUUUAUGCUGGGGCUCGUCUUGUUGCAGCAGGCAAGACAACAUUUCCUAAUGUUUUUCGGGUUUUCUUUGCUCUCACUAUGACAGCUAUUGCAUUGACUCAUCAGCAGAGUUCUUUAGCCCCGGAUGCAAGUAAAGGAAAGAGCUCUGCCGCUUCCAUAUUUGCAAUUCUUGACCGGAAAUCCAAGAUAGAUUCAAGUGAUGACUCCGGAACAACAAUAGAAAAUCUGAAGGGAGAAAUUGAGUUUCGCCAUGUUAGUUUCAAAUAUCCGAAUAGACCUAAUGUGCCCAUCUUUCAGGAUCUUUGCUUGACCAUUCGCCAUGGCAAGACAGUUGCUCUGGUUGGAGAGAGUGGAAGUGGGAAGUCGACAGUGAUCUCAUUGUUGCAGCGCUUUUAUGAUCCUGAUUCAGGUCAAAUUACGUUAGAUGGUACAGAAAUGCAAACAUUACAGUUGAAGUGGUUGAGACAGCAAAUGGGGCUGGUGAGUCAGGAGCCCCUAUUGUUUAAUGACACAAUCCGAGCCAACAUUGCAUAUGGAAAAGAAGGAGAGGCAACUGAGGCUGAAAUUAUAGCAGCAGCAGAAUUGGCAAAUGCUCACAAGUUCAUUAGUAGUUUACAACAGGGUUAUGACACAAUAGUGGGUGAACGAGGGGUUCAACUUUCUGGUGGACAGAAGCAAAGGGUAGCUAUUGCAAGAGCUAUAAUGAAGGCACCAAAGAUAUUACUACUAGAUGAAGCCACCAGUGCUCUUGAUGCUGAAUCUGAACGAGUGGUUCAAGAUGCACUGGACCGAGUUAUGGUGCAUCGAACUACAGUUGUGGUUGCCCAUCGGCUGUCCACGAUUAAGGGUGCAGAUUUAAUAGCAGUGGUGAAAAAUGGAGUCAUUGCAGAGAAAGGAAAGCAUGAGACUUUGAUCAGUAUCGAGGGUGGAACUUAUGCUUCUUUGGUAUCACUACAUGCAAGUACCUCAUCUUAG